CAUCCGGGCUGCAUGGAGAAGUCUUUGAACAUUUCUGAGCGAAAUUCCAUGGUUUAUUGUCGAAUUUGAUUUUUUUAGGCAAAGUUACACCGGCUGCAUUGAUUAAAAAGAGGCUACGCUACUCAUUGUGUAGAAAUAUCUCAUUUAAAAUGAGUUUAAAGAACAGAAAUCCUCAGGGAACUCCAGAGGUGCACACUGCGAGGAGUAAACUAGAUGGAGUCCUGCAAACGUUGGUUGAACGAAAAGAUGAUAGCCCAGUUAACUCAGGAGAUGAAAAUGUCAUCCAGGACAUCCUCAAGGAUAUUUCUCCGUCUGUCUCGCCACGGAAAGCCGCCGCCAAAAUGUCGAGGAAGAGGAAGCGGAAGGACGAUUUGUCUGGCUCAGAAUUCGGGCAGUACCACCAUACAUAUGUUAUGAAACUCUUCGACCGCAGUGUCGACCUUGCACAAUUUGAAGACAACACCCCACUGUACCCCAUCUGUCGAGCCUGGAUGAGGAAUCAACCUCUAAAUCAGAAUUUAGCUCCACAGAAACCGCUGGAGGCAACCCAAGAGCCAGCUGAUAUAAACACAGAUUCAGACGAGGAUUCGGAUUCUCCAAAAGACGUUUGUAAACUCCCUGAUCCCAUUCCGAUUGAAACUGAUAAAAUCGGCGGAUAUAAAGACCCAAGAAUAGCUAAGCCUAUCAAACAGGCUGCUGAGCAUCUCAAUAUCCAUGCAGACCAAGAUACAGCCCCAGCACCUGAACAGCUUCUUCUGAGUAAUAUGCAACACUGGAAAACUGUUAGACAGAGCUGGAAGGAGGCGGGACGAGUGAAUGAAAUACGAUACAAAGAAACCACGAAACUCUUGCGAGACAUGUUCGACCGACAAAUGAAAGAGAACAACUGAACGAACAAUGAAUUCUUCACAAAGGCAGCAAUCUAAUCCAAUGGAAACAUUGUUGUGUAUGUUUUCUGAACUCAGUGCACGGACUUUGUCGUUUCUAAACUUAUGAUCCUUGCUGUUACUGGUUGACAACAAACCUUGCACAAAAUACUGCCACUUGAUAUACAUCGAGCAUUUAAAGCAGCAGUUCAAGAGACAAACGUCUUCGGGUCCAAAAGACUUGUGUGGUUGUUGCUCUGUCGGCAAAAGUUGCGUCUCGUCAUUUCAAAUCCAAGAUCAUUGUCAAAGUGUCACCGGUGGUCCUUGGGCACUGCGAUGGCAGUGUUACCAAGCUGUGAAAGAGCUCAUGACAUAAUAGACCACCAGUCCGCAGUGAUAGUGUUUCUUCACAUGAUGUACAUGGCGGCCUCCAUGGACCAGUGCAGGUUGUUUUUGGUGGGAGUGACCUCAAAAACAUAAAUGGGUCUGUUUUAGCCAUAUGUGACCUGAAAUCUACCCGAGAGUUUUAUGUGAAUUUCACACCAAGUGUUUGAAUACACCUGUUAUCAAUAUUGUCAUCAAAAUUCUGAACUACAAUGUACAAGUAUUGUAUUACUUGAUAGCAUCUUAUUUAUUGGGAUUGGCUGCAACUGAUGCAGCAAGAUAAUGCUAACUUGAACUCUUUUGUACUUAUGUAGAAUUAUAAAAAAUAAAUGUUAUGUAUUA